UGGGUAAUUUCAAGUUUUUCGAGGUUUUUCACGUAUGCAUGUACAUACUGCAUUACGCAAACCACGCAAACCAAGUAGUUCACCGUACAAAACCAAUAAAUCACGUUUCCAAUAUGAAGGAUGGCGUAGACGUGCAAUAUGCGGCAUCACGAGAGUACAAAAUCGGGUGAAUAGUCUUAGUAAAUCAGAACAUUGCAGCUUCGAAGAUCGAAAAACGAGUAAUCAGAAAAUGUCAUCUAUGCAGCGUAUCAAAUCGUGGGAUGAAGAUGGUGGAAAAAGGAACCCAUUACACAACUUGCAUUUUGAUAAAGUUCGUCGUCGUGAAGUUUAUGCUACGUUAGAACCACCUGCUACAAAUACCAAAUUAACAGAAUAUCGUCGUAACGUGAAGCAGCAAACUCAACCUGAUUGCGAAUUAAAUGCACCAUCAAAAGUAUAUUCUAACAAAAUGAAGGUCUUUGCCGAUCAGCUGCCGACAUAUGAACUUCUUCCACAGUGGGAAACAAACAUCAGAAAUUUGAUACCUUCGUACUUGCAAAACUGCUUUCCUGAUCAUCUCCAAAAUCAGAUGAAUGAAAUCAAAUUGCGCUAUUGCCAAGCAAUGCAUACAUUUGGAGUUAACUGUAUUGCGGCUGUUCAAUACGGCUUUGAAAUACCGGUACUAUCUGAUCCUGCAUUUAAAUUUUUAGGACAUACCGAAUGGAGAGGGAAGUAUUUAAUGAAUCGUUGUAUUAUCUCAAAGAAAUUCUAUCUCCCUCACAAGUUAAUAAAAAAUAUACUUGCACAAGCUCAUACUUUGUUACCUGAGUUCAUAUGUGAUUUUCGUCAAUAUAGAUCGCAUGGAUAUCUCGAUUUGAACAGUGUUCGAUCAUUUGAAUCGACUUCAGCAUCGCUUUAAGGUGAUACGAAAGGGUCAGCCUAUACAGGGUGUAACAGAAUUGGUAGUCACGGUUUAUACAGCGCUAUCCUUGUUGAAAAAAGGAGUGUACUAUUUUUUUUUUACAGUGCGUAAGUUCACAAAAUAAUGCCCACUUUUGCUUACAUUAGAUGUAUGUAACCCCCUGAAUAUUACCAAUCGAUAGAUCGGCAUUUAAUUUUUCAUACGCCAUAUUUAUGUAACUAGAUUAUUGAACCUGAUAGAAGCCGAUAUAAAGAAAGGUG